CAAUGAAGACCUUGGGAUGGGUGUGGCGACCUUGAGUACAUCUAUAUAUACAGUACUUAGAUAUCUACAGAGAGCAUCGUCGGUCUUCCGUGUUGUAAUAGUGCCAUCAUGCAGGGAUUGAUGAUUGUCGCUAUAGCCAGCUGUCUGGCUCAGGCUGUACUAGCAUCAUACUACCCUUGGUACUACGGAGCACCUGUGGUGGUGACUCCCCAGGGUUACCUAGCAGACACCCCCGAGGUGGCGGCGGCCAAAGCGGCUCACUUUGCCGAGGUCAUCAAGGCUGGCGGAGUCGUCCCUCCCAGCUACUAUUACCCAGUCGUCACUCCAGAAGGGUUCCUAACGGACACUCCGGAGGUCGCUGCAGCCAAGGCCGCUCAUUUCGCAGAGAAAGCUAAAGCUGUCGCUGCCGUAGGCGCUCCUUACUACCCUUAUGUGCACUCGUACGCUUACCCCUACAUCUACAGCACAGCCGGUGCCCCUGUGGUCACCCCGGAGGGUUAUAUUGCUGACACUGCAGAAGUCGCCGCAGCCAAAGCCGCACAUUUCGCGGAACAUGCCAAAGCUGCGCACCGGUACAGAAGAGCGAUAUCUCUCCAGUAAUCUACAACAAGAAGAAUUUACAGCUGCAAGCUGGACUUUACCAAACAAUGAUCAAAGUAAAAUCUGUGUCUUUCUUCCAAAGAUGUCUCUGUGAACAAACUAUGAGUACCUUAAAAAAUACACUUAGUUUUAGUUUUUUUC